AUGGAAACCAUCAGCGGGAGACGGGUCGUUGCGAAGCUUCCCAUGUCCGUUGCUGGACUAGCAACAUAUGUGACCAGCUCAGAAGUUGCAACGAUUAGUUACUUAUUUACUCGAUCCAGCCCAACUUCUACGCCCACCCUCUUCCACCCAGACCUACACAAGAGGAACAUCUUUGUCUCCAAGGACAACCCCACAGCCAUCACUGGCUUCAUAGACUGGCAGUCCACCAGCGUCGAACCGGCAUUCGAGUACGCUUACGACGUCCCUGACUUUGCAAGCAUCCCCCCCAGCGGGGCCAUCAGAAAACGCCGAAACAAGUCUCUGCCACCAAGCGUCUGA